AUGUCUUUGACUCCUCAAGAGUUGAUGCUCAUUCAAAAAUCAGGGUCUAAGGCUGAGCGAAAAUAUGCUGAAGUUAUCUUACCAGUUCGUGCGCGUGGAAAUCUCCUCCUUUGCUCACUUCUUAUAGGCAAUGUUUGUGUAAAUUCGGGUAUUUCCAUUCUCUUGGAUGACCUCACUUCUGGUUAUGUGGCUCUGAUUGCCUCAUCUGCUGGUAUUGUGGUAUUUGGUGAAAUUUUCCCACAGAGCUUAUGUGUCAAGUAUGUUCCUUCAUUCAGUUCAUCCUGGAAAUCACUUGUAUAUUUUUUUGUUUUUCCAAUACCUUUGUUUUACAUUUCAUUUCUAUUAUUUUGUUACUAG